AUGUAUUUUUCUAAGGAGUUCGAUGAAAUUAAAAGCGAAUUGGCUACCUUACGAGAAAUCGGCAAAAGUGUGGAAUUUCUUAGCUCUCAAUAUGACCGGAUGAAUUCUGACAUAAAAAAUUUACAGGAUCGACUUACCGUGGUUACUAAAGAGAAUUUAACGCUAUCCAGUCAAGUAUUAGAUAUCUCAGAUAGACUCAACCUAAUGGAACAGCACUCUCGGGAAACGAACAUUGAGAUCAACGGCGUUCCGGAAAAUAAGUCCGAAACUUUGCUGUCCUUAGCGAAACAACUUUGCUCUACUAUUUCCGUCCCUUUGAUGGACUCUGAAGUACUAUCGGGCACUAGAGUAAGAAAAAAUGAAUGA